GCAUAUAAUCUAAUAAAGGAAGGAUAUGAGAUCUACCUCAUCAAUUUCCGUGGUACAAUGUUCAGCAGAGGUCACACCAAUCUGACACGCAGUGAUUACGCCUAUUGGUUGUACACUUUUCACGAGUUGGGCAUUUAUGACAUCCCAAGUGCGUUAGAUCUCGUUGCCCAAAUAUCUGGAAAGCCCAAAUCUAUAUACAUUGGAUAUUCCAUGGGCACAACAGCGAUGUUCGUUUAUUCCAGUCUGUAUCCUACUGAAGCAUCUGAAAGACUGGCUGGAGUGAUUGCCAUAGCGCCUGUAGCAAAUUUGACAGGAAUUAGAUGUUUCCUUAAAUACCUAUCACCGUUUUGGCGUCACCCAAUCAAACCUAUUGCGAAGCUGCUUUUCAAUGGAAUAUUCGUACCCAAAGUCGAUAUAAUCUAUAGAUUUUGUGCAAAUGGACCCAUCACUAUGUUUUUCUGUUAUGCCUUCAUAAGUUUAGUUACUGGACCGAACUUCAAAGACUUGGACCCUCUUUAUAGACCAGUAGCGGAUAUAAACAUCCCAGAAGACAUCGCUGCAAAUGUAAUCGAUCACUACCAGCAAUGUUACGAACGAAAAAGGUUCUUACAAUACGAUCAUGGUGUACAGGAGAACCUGAGGCGGUAUGGGAAUGAAAUACCUCCAGACUAUCCCAUUGAGGACAUCCGUACUCCAAUAUCAUUUUUCGUCUCAGACAAUGACUGGAUUGCAGAAGAGCAUAAUGCCUUGCAAACAUACAAUCAGAUUUCAUCAGAGUAUCAAUGUGGAUACGACGUUUCUUCAAAUAAGGAUUUCGGUCAUGGAGACGUCAUGACCUCUCGUUAUGUUUUCAGAGACUUAAAUCAGGCAGUGCUAUCAAAAGUGCAACAAAUGGAAUCAAGUUUGUGUUAAAAAAAUGAUUUGUUGAUUCAUCAAUCAGAAUUUUCUUCGAGAAUAGUUAUAAAUGUGGAGAAUAAUUGU